AUGGCGCUCUACGGAUCUCAUUUCCUGUCAACCUGGGGCCAGCGUAUGUGGGAGUUUGCAAUCGGCCUGAUCCUGCUGGAGCUGCGCCCCGGCUCCCUGGCACUGGUGUCAGCCUUUGGUCUCGUGGACAGCGGCGCGCAAGUCAUUGCUGGGCCCCACAUCGGCGCCUACAUUGACCGGACGCCGCGUCUGGCAGCAGCAUGCAACAUGUACAUCCUGCAGAACUGCGGUGUGGCGCUGUCAGCGAGCAGCGCACUGGCCGCCUCACUCGUCGGGAGCAACGCGGCUCUGUUCUGGCCGUGCGCUGUCCUGACCAUAGCCCUGGGCUCUGCCAGCAGCGUGGGCUGCCAGGGCAGCGCUCUGUCUGUUGAGAGGGAGUGGACCAAGGCCCUCUGCCCAGGAGACUCUACUGCGCUAACCAUCCUCAAUGCAGGGAUGAGGCGCAUUGAUCUGACCUGCCUGAUAGCGUCCCCAAUCAUGGCAGGCCUGCUGCUGACUUAUGGCAACCUGCAAGUAGCCAUUCUCGCCGUUAUGGCUUGGAAUAUGUUUGCCUGGCUGCCAGAGUGUUGGUUCCUCAGAAUGGCCCAGCAAUUAUCCCCGGCACUCAGGGAGCAGGAGCUUGUUGAAUCAUCAAGCAUGGCGGCUGGUGGGAGCAUUGAGAAACUGAUUAAGAAGAGCACCACUGGCUGGAGGACAUAUGCGCGGCAGGAAGUCUUCCUAGCUGCAGUUGCUCUGGCCCUGCUGUACUUGACAGUCAUGUCAUUUGGUCUGCUGAUGACUGCAUACAUGAAGUGGCGAGGCCUGCCAGAGACAGUGCUGAGUCUCUACAGGGGUGCUGGGGCUGUCAGCGGCAUUGCAUCAACCUUUGUCUUCCCGAUGCUCAAGGAAAGGAUUGGGCUGGAGCGAGCUGGAGCGUUGGGGAUCUGUUGCCAGCUGGUCAGUCUGUUGGCAGCGCUGGCAGUGAGUGCAGCUCUGCAGUCGAAGGCUGCUACGCAUGCACUGGCACUAGGAUUGGUGGCAUCGCGAUUUGGGCUGUGGACGUUCGACCUGUGUGUCUCUCAGCUGCUGCAGGAGCGCGUGGAUUCGCUGGAGCUAGGAGUUGUGAAUGGGGUGCAGAGCAGCCUGCAGAGCUUGCUGCAGAGCUUCAGCUACCUGAUGGGGCUCUUUGUGUGGCAGCCACAAAGGUUUGAGUGGCUCAUGGCAGGGUCGGUUGGGGUGGUAGCCGUAGCAACAGCGCUAUUCUGCUGGUUCCUUGCAACCCAGGUUGAUUUUGCAGCUGCCUCUUCCAUUACUAAUAAUGCACACGGGAGCCUCCAGCCGAUGGCCUCAAACACUGAGCAGAGAUAA